AUGCAGCCAAGGGUCAGAGAGAAGAGAGUGCCUCGAGCACCCAAGGGAGAAGGGCAGAGGCGCCUCUCCUUCAGAUUGGGACCGGCUGAGGGGGCCCGGGGGAGCCAAAGGCUGGUCCUGGCACAGCCCCACACCCUUCUCCAUCCCAGCAGCACCUGGAGUCAAGAGAAGCUCGUCAAGAAGCUGCAGGCUGAGAAAGCCUUUCAGGAGGAGAUUCAGAGCUUUCAGGAGACAAUGAAGAGCUUUCAGGAGAAGAUCAAGGGCUUUCAGGAAAAAAAAAAAAUCAGAGAUUUCAAGGUGGCCAUCCAAGCCUUCUGGGAAGAGGAAAAGCCCACUUGGGAGGAGGAAACUGCCUUUUGGGAGGAAGAAAAGGCUAUUCAGGAGGAAGCAGAAGCCUUCUGGAGGGUGUAUGGUGACUUCUGGAAGGACUGCAAUGCUUUCUGGAAGAAGGAUGAGGAUUUCUGGAAAGAAGGUCAGCUCCUCUGGGAGAAAGACGGAGUCCUUCUGGAUGAGGACAGAGUCCUAUGGGCAGAAGAAGCAGCUCUGGGGGCAGAUGAAACAGCUCUGCUGGAAGAGGAGAGAGCUCUCUGGGAAGAUGAGGAAGAUGAAGAAACCUCAAGGAAAGAGAUUCAGCCCGGAGUGACGCAGCUGAGCCCUUCGGACACCGAACCUCGGUGCGGAGCGGAGCUGGUGCCGGCGGGUCCUUCUGCAGAGCGAUGCCGCCACAGCGAGCCCGGUCCUGCAUCAGCCCCACGAGAACCGAGAGCAAACCUGGGACUCACUCAGCGGCACACAGCCUGGCAGAACAGGCGCCGAUCUUCUGGAGCCACGGACAAGCAGCACGUUGCCGUACGGCUCUGGGAAAUGCGUGUUUCCAACAUGGUUCCACGUGAUCGUCGGCACAGGACCAGCGAUGGUGGGAACAGCACAUGGACAGAGAGACAGGACGUCCACAUGGGCUUUUGUGGCUGA